AUGUUGCCCCAGGAAGAGAUUGAAAGAAUCCAGUCCCAAGACAGCUAUGUGAAUUACUUGAGUAUCCAAACUGUGGCUCAAGCUUUAAAUGCUGCAUAUUCAUCCAGGUCAAAGAGGAUGUUGAUUGUGGGUGGAGGAGGCAGCUUGGAACUUCAAAAGCUACAGUCAUGGCAGUUUCAUCAUUUCUUGAAAGAAGUCCAGUUCUACUCUAAUACUUCAACUGAUGGGCAGUACUUGGAUGAGAAUGGAGCACUGGCCGUUGACUUUGAUAUAGUGAAUUGGACGGUGCCUCGUUCAAGAUGCACAGAAAGCUGUCUCCCAGGAUAUUCCAGAAAAGUUCAGGAAGGGAAGCCGCCCUGCUGCUAUGAUUGCGCUCCCUGCUCAGAAGGGACCAUCUCCCCUCAGGAAGAUGCUGAUGAAUGCACCAAAUGUCCAGACGAUCACCAUCCAAAUGAGGAUAGACAUCAAUGUGUCCCCAAGUUAUUGACCUUCCUGUCCUAUGAAGAAUGUUUGGGGAUCCUCCUGGCUUCUCUUGCUCUCUCCUUAUCCUUAACCACAGGCUUUGUGUUAGGAAUCUUCCUUAAAUACAAAGAAACUCCAAUAGUCAAAGCCAACAACAGGGACCUCUCCUACAUCCUCCUCAUCUCUCUACUGCUCUCCUUUUUGUCCUCCUUCCUCUUCAUUGGGAGGCCUAGGAAAGUGACCUGCCUUCUCCGACAAACAGCCUUCUGCAUCAUCUUCUCAGUUGCUGUCUCUUCUGUCUUGGCAAAAACCAUCACUGUGGUGCUGGCCUUCCUGGCUACUAAGCCAGGGAACAGGGUGAGGAGAUGGCUGGGGAAGAGUUUGGCCCACUCCAUUGUCAUUUCCUGCUCCAGUAUGCAAGUUUUCAUCUGCACCAUCUGGCUGGGGAUCUCUCCUCCUUUCCCAGACUUUGACCUGAGCUCCCAGCUUGGAGAGAUCAUUGUCCAAUGCAACGAAGGCUCUGUUGCCUUGUUUUACAGUUCCCUUGGCUACAUGGGCUUCCUGUCUGCCAUCUGCUUCACGGUGGCUUUCCUGGCCAGGAAAUUGCCUGGGGCCUUCAAUGAAGCCAAGCUGAUCACCUUCAGCAUGCUGGUCUUCUGCAGUGUUUGGGUGUCCUUUGUGCCCACCUACCUGAGCACCAAGGGGAAAUACAUGGUAGCCGUGCAGGUCUUCUCUAUCUUGGCCUCCAGUGCUGGGCUUCUGGGCUGCAUCUUCAUUCCCAAAUGCUACAUUAUUAUAUUGAGGCCUGAGUUGAACAUGAGGGAGCACCUGACAAGAAAAAACUAA